UGUUUCAUCGCUUGGACACGGACGAGCGGCUGUGUUGUUAUGCAAAUAAGUUUAACUUUCCUAUGCACUUUACUUUUGAUGACGAAAGUGUGAGGACGACUUACGGAGCUGAUCGUUUCUUGUCGUUUAGAAGAUCAUCCACACUUUUUGGUGAAUCAAGAACACAUUCAAUAAUAUGGUUAUACAUCAAUCUUAGAGUAAAAGACAUAUACACGUGAUUUAAAGCAACGUGAUUGCAAAAGGAGCAGUUGUAUUGAGCGAAACCACGGUACUUGCCCCGCCACUCAACUGCGGGCCACUGAUUUGUUCUGAUUUUGCUGCCCUCGUUUAAUGGCACAACUAUCAUUGAUAGUAGGCCAGCUGUAAUCUGCAGUACCAUAUGGAUUAUGUAUGAACAGAAUCCGGACCUUCGCCUGAAAAUAUGCCGUUACCAUGGUUUGAGCCUGCUGUUAUCUUCCUCGGUGUGAUCGGCGGAACAGCACUUAUUCUUGUUCUCGUAUACUUCCUUAUCAAAAGUGGCAAAUGUUUCUGUGAAGUAAACAAGGAUGGUUCACCGGACCCCGAAUACGCUGAAGUUGCAACGGAGGACUCUGGGACGGAAAUAAGCGACAACACAUGCCCCGUGAAUCUAAAGGAGGCGACCUAUGUUAUGAGCACAGGCGACCUAUCUGAUAAGAAAUAUAUUUCAUCAGAGGAUGAAGACAAUGCACCAGGGGUAUCACAGAUUGGCCCAAUGAUUUCCAGCUCUGACACCAAAAAACAAGAGCUAAUGCCACCAAAGCAAAAGGGUAGCCGAAAGAAACGCAGGAGCCGUAGCAUGGAAGAUCCUGCCAAGGGACUGGGCAACCUGCAUAUCACGUUACAAUAUUCAAAAAAGGAUUUAUUUUUGUUUGCUGUCAUUCACAAAAUUACGGAUUUGCUACCUGGCGAAGUCACCGGAAUCGAUCACGUGAGAAUAAGUAUGGUCCUGCUGCCUGCUAAAAAAUAUCGAAGUAAAACGAAACUUGUGUCAACGAGUGACCCAGAAUUUGGAGCAUCCUUCAAAUUUUCAAAUGUUUCAAGAGAGGACUUAUUUAAAUCAGCGAUGCGUUUUCGUCUAUACGGCAGGCACGUUAGACUGGGGAUGCAUUUUGGAAAAGAGAAACUACUGGGUGAAGUAACUAUUCAUUUGGCGGAUGUGGCACAGAGAGAAAGGAUGUCAACAAUUAGGCCUUUUAAAGUCAUUCGAAAAUAAACUUUUCUUUAAAUUCAGUAUAUAGAUGGCUUAAGCUAACUGUUAUUAUGCUUUAUAAUAAAUUCUCACUAUAAACUUCCCCCUCUGGUCUGACACCCCAUCCCCCCUGGAAGACACCCCCACCCCCUGGACGACACCCCACCCCCUCUGGUGACACCCCACUAGAUGAGACCCCACCCCCUCCGGAAGGUCAAGCUACGCCACUGGUUUCAAAUCACGUUGCCAGCAGAAGUGCGACGCGUUCACAACAGGAUCUAGUAGUAACAGCUAAAAGAUUACGUACGAUGCUUUAUCUUGUAUACGCGUACUUGCAAAUUAUAGAACAUAUUAUUUUAACUAUAACUUAAUGUCACCCUUGCCAUAACUUUUUAGAUGACAGUGUGAAAAUAAUUGAGUUUGUAGUUGCAUUCAGUCGCACAGUUGAAUUGGGAAUAUGACGUUAUUUGUAUAAAAUGAUCAGCUAUUUUUUCAGGCGAGGUGAGUAUCUAAAGAAAGUCAUGAAAAGAGGGAAAUACUCUACAGUUUUUAUCAUUGUAAUGUAUGUAGACUUCUCGUUAUCCUGACCUCUGAAUACCACUGACUGGACCUUUUUUAUUCAAUUCUUCCACAAAUCAUCUUAUUUAACGAAUCUUCUUUAAAUCGAAUCCACCUGAAAUUAACCUACCAUUACUCUAUAAAUCUGAUUUUAGGAUUAACCUAGAGAUUAAAUGAAUUCUUUUAUUAAAAAUAUUUAAUCCUGUUAUAACGACAAACCAAAAAGUAGUAUUUGUCGUAAGUUUUCCUUUAAAAGUGAUUUUUCUUCUCAAAGCACAAUUUUUCGUUGCUGGAAACCAAACACAUAUCCAAUCAAUAUGACAUAAAACAUAAUUUUUAUCUACAUGACAUAAAUAAUAGAAAUUCCACUUCAACCAAGAAGGAACAGGGGUUAUUCUAACGUGGUUUUGUUACCGUUAUGUGGUGUUGUAGUUGUUGUAAAAAUUUGACCAAUUGGAAAAAUAUUUCGCAAAAUAUAAGGAAUCAUUGGGCAAAACUAUGCGAAUUUAAAAUCAAAACACAAAAACUUAACACAACAGAAGAAUUAUAGUAAAUAGUCAGCAGGGACGGAUUUAAGCAACAAUGAUUGAGUGAUUGAUUAGAUAUUAAUUGAACUUCUGUGCCACACCCUUCAGGUCACUGGUAAAUGAUGGAAACGCCCAUUUUUAAAAUUCGUCUUUUAACUUUAAGGUAAAGAAGCUAAGAAGCAGUGGCGUAGCCAGGGUUGGAUGGGCAAAGAGGAGAAAAUUUUUGCUGACCACAGCCUUAAAGAUUUGGGAAAACACCCUUUUUUGCGUUUGGAAAUCAUUUAAAGCUCAUAUUUGGACUUAAAGCUCUUAUUCCAUGAUAGGCCUCAUGUUUACAUAAUUGUUUUGCAGAACAGGGUCAACAAAUAAUUGCAGAAUACACGUCCUUGUGAUUUUUCUCCAAGGUAGACCCCCCGGGGAUAAGGGUUCCACAUUUCGAGCACUGGCAAAUUAAAAUGCACCCCUAGGUACAGUUUUUCUGUGUUACAUUUAAUAAUCUAAUGAUGAUUAAACUUCACGUGGAUUAGCCUCCUAACAUCUCAUGAGUUUGGAACUGCAGCUAGCACCCUAGCCAAUUCUUGCAUAAGAUACGGGUAUACUAUAGAACGGUAAAUUACGACAAGGGUAGAAAAAAGCCACUGUCUGAGGCGGCACCAUGGUUGCCGCCGAAUGGGAAAAUUUUUCAUAUGUGCUUCAAGUUUGCUGGAAAUUGCAUUCUUUGGAGCAUAUGUUGAUAAUAAAAUUUUAUUCUCAAAAUGAAUAUCCACUGGUGGAAAGCGAUGGUAUUGAUCGACCUCUUCCUUGUUUUACCUUAUGCAACAUAACUGCAUAAAUUUUCGAAUCGGGGACAAAAUUUCAAAUCUGGUGAAAGGCUCAAAAUCGGCACUGUUCCGGUCACCACGGCCCCCCUGCCCCCCGGCCAUGACGCCCCUGUAUUAUCAUUGUUUUUGGUUUUUUCUCAACAGUAGAGUUGAAGCGUUUAGCGAAAAAGAUACCAGUGAUUGAUUUGCGGUGCUGGAAAUUUUUCUUAGAAUAAACCCUGACAAGGUAUUACAGUCAAAAAUAUAGUAAAACCAAAAAAGCCAGUGAGAAAAGUAAAGUGAAACUAAUGAAUUAAAGAACAACAAUAGUUGAGUUGGAAAAGGUUGCCUAAAUUGAACAGUAACAAGAAAUCAAAUUGAUUUUUUGUAAAUAAACCAAAUGCUUGGGAAGGGAUCUAAUAAUAAUAAUUUUGAUAAGAGAAUAAGCAAUUAAGGUGUUUUUUAUAGACGUAAUAAAAACACAGUCAAUGGCUUCAGGCUCUAGGUUUAGGCCAAAAGAUAUAACACAAACCGACUCCUUCAUUAGCACUUGUAACUAGCAUAUUGGUGUUGCAGAUAAUGCAAAAUACUUGGAAGUAAAUAGUAAAAAUUAUAUGCUGUAAUGAAAGACAAGUUAUUCAUUGGCCUAAACCUUUCUUGCUUUUAUUAAGCGUAUUCACACUUAUGCCCUUUAUUAUAAUUUCUCAAAUUAUACAGGCAAUUUCACAUUUACUAUUUUUUCCUGGCAAAAUAUUCCACUCAUUCAUUACUCUGCUCUGUAUGAGAAAUAGUUCUUUCUCGGGUUGUCCAUGACCUUUUUAACGUGCUAACAAGGAAGCCAUUGCCCUUGAAGCCCUGACUGUAUUUCUUUAUCUAAGUCAAUAAAAUGUGUUCCCUUUUUACAAAAAACAAAGAAUUGAGCCCUCAGCAGAAGUUCCUUAUAAAGUGACUGUAUGAUUUGCACAGUUUAUGCAAACAUGUAAUACAAUCUGAUAAUGGGGAAAUCCAACCCACAUAACCAGCUUAGUCAUUUCAAUGAAACCACGUUGUUCUUGAUAAUUCUGUUUGCAUUCUUCUCUAAUAAUUUGACUUGACAAAAAUCGUUCUUAUUAUUUUGGCCAACCUGCGUAAAUGGGUACCAACUUUGGAACAUGGUGUUACAAUGCAUAUACGGUAUUAUGGUCCUAUCAUAUUCCUCGGGGCUCUGAUGAUAGUGUUGUCUGUUUUGGUAUUCCUACACUGGCUAGUGCAGUUCUGGCUGGAUAAUCAAGAGAAAGAGAACCCGGACGACAUUAUAGAAUCAGAUAACAGUGAAUUUGAGUCGCCAUAUGAAAAGCAUUUGAUGAUUAAAAAAAACAAAGUAAAGAAGAAAAGAAAGUUUAUGAGAGCGAACCAUGAAGAAAUUAAGCGUGGCAGCAUUCCGAAAAUCGACAUAAUCAAAGCAGCGAGUGAAACGUCAUCAGUGUCAGACAAAAGUGUCAAAAUUCGAAGCAAAAAGAGACUUGCUGUCAGUUUAUGUAUGAAACAUUCAACUGUAAAUAUGCGUUUAUCUGGAAUGAUAAAGGGCGUUAUUGGUCUGCAGUUUCCUAAUCACGGUGGACCAGAUAAAAUUCGAUUUAAAUUGGAGCUGCAGCCGUCAUCAACCAAAAAGUUUUUUAAGACUCCCUUCCACAUUCCUUUAGAUUCAAGCCUAAUUAUUCCAUUCCAAUUUUUGCUUAUUCCCAAAACUGAACUGCAAACGUCCGUUAUCCAUCUUCGACUUUUUGGUAAAAAAGAGAAAUUCGGUCUUCCAAUUGGACCGGAGCAUUGUUUUGGAGAAGCAUUUGUUUCACUCAAGGACCUUGCUUCGGGUGUAGAUGAAAUAAACGUUGUGCAAGAAAUAAUUCCGCUUGGUAGUAAGCCGUUUCAUAGGGAAUCGCUGAACAUUCGUGUUUCUGCACCCAAGAUAAGAACAAAGCAGUUUGCGAAUCAGCAGAUUGAAGUUGCCCCAGAGGAAAUAAAUAUAUUCUUCAAUGAUGGAGACAACGACUCGGCCAAAGACGAGAAGAGGGACCGUUCUACCAGUUAUCUUGUAGACAAAAGUUGACAUACAUCGUGGUCAUCAUCAUAUGUAUCAAAUAUAUAGUCAUAAUUGAAUGCUACGACUAUAAUAAUCAUUAUCAUCGACAUGAAAAUAUCAUCAUGAUCUUCAGGUUGAUAUCGAAUGUCUUGAAAACAUCUUAAUUUAUCAUUACCCUUACUCAUAAUAAUAAUUGUUGCCGUACAUAGGCCACCAACAGCCCUUGAAGACUUUUUUCGAUGUUUUUCAUGAUCAAAUAGGUUUCACCAUAACCUUCAACAACUAACCCAAUGGUGGUUUUUCACUGGAUUGUAACUAAUGCUGUUUGAUAAUUUAUAUUUUGUAUAAGGUAUUGUAUCAUUUUUCAUCAAUUCACUUUUGCAAAUGGCAUACGAGAUUUCCACCAAAACAAAAGGAUUUAUACGGAUUUUCUAUAAACAACAGGAUUUCUACCAAAGGUGUUGGGGAUUUUCACAGAGUGAUUUGCGCCUCGAUUUUUAUGGCCUUCCUCGGUCCAUAGGUACAUCUAAAAAAAUUUCUCACCUAGUCAUUAUUCGUCUAGUAUCAUAAAAGUCCCAACAAAUUUUUGAUGGGCAAAAAAACAAAAUGAGUAAACUGAGUAAGUGGACAGCACUGUGGUAAAUUACUCUGGACCCAUGUUCUCCCCGGAAUCGCACUUUCUGGAAUGUAUCAUAUGUUAAUCUGGAUAUGCAAGUGUGUAUAUUCGUUUUGUUUAGAAUAUUGCGAAUUUCAGUGUUAUUUUGCACUUUGAAGUUUGUAUGACGUUGUAUUUAUCGACAAAAUUUGUUUUUAUCAAGUAAUCAAUUAAUCGAACUAUCAUUGCAGGCUUAUAUCCUAGCAAGGAAGACGAGAAAAUCCCCAGGUGUUUGGUUGUCCCGUUAUUUGUCUCACUUUCAAUGUUUCUUUGUUUUGUGUUUUGUGGAACUUUUGUUAUUUCGUAUAGUAAAACAUAAAGUAGUUGAUAUUGUCAUUUGAUGAA